GUAGAGGACGCCAUGCUUAUGUUUGACAAGACGACCAACAGGCAUAGAGGAUUUGGCUUCGUAACUUUUGAAAACGAAGACGUGGUGGAAAAAGUCUGUGAAAUUCAUUUCCACGAAAUCAAUAAUAAAAUGGUAGAAUGUAAGAAAGCACAACCUAAAGAAGUGAUGUUUCCGCCAGGGACGAGAGGAAGGGCCCGUGGAUUGCCGUAUACCAUGGACGCGUUUAUGCUGGGGAUGGGAAUGUUGGGUUACCCGAACUUUGUUGCGACAUACGGCCGAGGAUAUCCUGGAUUUGCCCCAAGUUACAGCUAUCAGUUCCCAGGUUUUCCGGCAGCGGCUUAUGGACCAGUAGCAGCGGCAGCCGUGGCGGCAGCAAGAGGAUCAGUCUUGAAUAGCUACAGUGCUCAACCGAAUUUUGGCGCACCCGCUUCCCCGGCAGGCUCCAACCCAGCCCGACCCGGAGGCUUCCCCGGGGCCAACAGCCCAGGCCCCGUCGCGGAUCUGUACGGCACGGCCAGCCAGGACUCCGGCGUGGGUAACUACAUAAGCGCCGCCAGCCCGCAGCCGGGCUCCGGCUUCGGCCACGGGAUCGCCGGACCUUUGAUUGCAACGGCUUUUACAAAUGGAUACCAUUGAAACGUUACACAUGGUUGGUUGCCAUCUCACUUGGAGAGUCUCUCUGGAUGUCCGGGCAAGACGGGGCGAAGUUUCUGAGCAGGCCCGCGGUGGGGUGAUCUCCUCAGACUCUGAGCACUACAUCAUCACCGACAACGCAGACGAACUGGAGGUGGCACUCGACGGACUUAGGUUGUUUAAAAUCUCUCUCAUCAUCUCAUGAAUCUGCUGUACUAUAAAAACAACAGCUUUUAAAAGUAUGUAUAUAAAA